AUGGAAUCAAUUAACUUGGACCCCCAAGAUUUAUUUAACUUCAAAAAUGAACUACGAAAGUCUGUGAAAAUUUUAACAAACUUGAAUCUUUAUAACAGCGCUAAAUGGUCAGCAGAAGCUUUGAAUGAUGAUGACAUUAUCAAUUCAAUAUUGGAAAACGAUAAAAUUGCACUUGCCAAAUCAUAUUUUGACUGCAAAGAGUUUGAUAGAUGUUCUAAUUGUUUAAAAGAUUGUAAAAGCUCAAUUGCUUUAUUUAUUAAAUUAUAUUCUACAUAUUUAUCAGGCGAAAAAAGAAAGGAAGAAGAUAGCGAGGGUGUAUUAGGACAACAAGACUCAAUAGCUCAAAAUUUGUCUUUGCCUUUGAUUUUAAAAGAAAUUGAGUUAUAUAUUAAUAAUCAUGAGGACACUUCAAAAAAUUUGAAUCCCUUUUUAUAUUAUUUGUAUGGAAUAAUACUAUUAAAACAAAAAAACAUAAAGCAGGCUCAAGAGUCUUUCUUUAAGUCUCUUUUAUUAUAUCCAUAUAAUUGGACCUGUUGGGCUGAAUUGAUUGCAAGCAUUUCUUCAUUUGAUGAAGCGCUAAAUUUUCUUAACAAGUUUCUAAAUUUGAAACCUAAUAGUAUUAAUUCUGAAUUUGGAAAGCAAAUAAAACUAGAUAAUAAAAAUAUUAUGAUCAAGGUUUUUUCAGUGGUGAUUCAUCAGGAGUUUUUUCAACAGAAUAUCAUAUUGCUAAAAGAAUUGAACUUUUUGACCAAACUCUUUCCGAAUUUUUCUUUUAUAAAAAUUCAAAAAGCAUUAAUCUCGUAUCAUCACUUGGACUAUCAAGACUCGGAAAAAAUUUUCGAUGAUAUUUUACUUAAUGAUCCUUUUAGAUUGGAUGAUUUAGAUAUUUAUUCAAAUAUUUUGUAUGUCAUGGAAAAAAAUUCUAAACUAUUAUAUUUGGCUCAAUUAGCUUCAUCCGUGGAUAAAUUUAGGCCCGAAACAUGUUGUAUCAUCGCUAAUUAUUACUCCUUAAAAUUUGAACAUGAAAAGGCCAUCAUGUAUUAUAGAAGAGCUUUGACGUUAAAUAGAGAGUGUCUUGCUGCUUGGACACUAAUGGGUCACGAAUUUGUUGAGUUAAAGAAUUCCCACGCUGCAAUUGAAAGUUAUAGAAGAGCUGUUGACACAAACAACAAAGAUUUUAAAGCUUGGUAUGGUCUAGGUCAAGCCUAUGAAGUUUUAGAUAUGCACCUAUAUUCGUUAUACUACUAUCAAAAAGCAUGCUCAUUGAAUCCAUUAGAUAAAAGAAUGUGGCAAGCACUAGGAAAUUGCUAUGAAAAAUUGAACAAAUAUAAUGAAAGCAUCAAAUGUUAUAAGAGAGCGUUGGCAAUUUCAGACAUGGAUCCAAUAAUUCUCUACAAAUUGGCACUUUUAUAUCAAGAGCUCAAAGAUAUCCAUAGCUGUGUUUCUUAUAUGAAACUAUGUUUAAAAGAAGAAGAGGAAUAUGAACCCACCGAUGAAACCUGCAAAGCGAGAUUAUGGCUAGCCAAACAUGAAUUCAAAAAUUGUAACUGGGAAGAUGCCUACAGAUAUGCAAGCGAGCUCAACAACGGCUCGUCCAACGAAAUUGAAGAAGCUAGAAGCAUUGCUCGAGAAGCGAUGAAUGCCAUUAAAACUAAACAAUUUUCAAGAUGA